CCCCCAUAUUGAAUACUCAACAAAGACAAAACACAUAGUUUCUCUAUAUCUUCUUCAUCUCACCAGUUUUCUGAAAGCAAGCUCUUACAAUGAUGAGCAAUAAGCGCAUAGAAGCUGUGAAGAUUCUAGUGGUGAUUAUGAUAAUGUUCUCAAGGAGGACUUGUGAAGCCGAGUACUUUAGAAGACACAAAUCACCAUCAAGACCAGAACGAUUUUUCAAGGUGAGAAGACCAAAUCCACUUCAUCAUCAUCAUCACCAUAACCAUGGUUUCAUCAAUGAUGAUUAUUAUCCUCCAGAAAGUUUCUCAGGAUUUUUGCCCAAGUCAAUGCCAAUUCCACCUUCUGCUCCUUCCAAAAAACACAAUGUCUAUGGUUUACAGAGUACCAAUUCUCAAAGAUAUCCAUGAUCUACCAUCACCAAGAUACUAAGUUACACAUAUUAUGUUUACAUACAUAUUUAAAUAACAUAGAGAUCUAGUUAUGUCUACUUCUUUUUCUCCCCUUUGUUUUUUUUUUGUCUUCAAGGAAUAACCACAUUAAGGUCGGGCUAUUUUUGGAUGCCCGCCUAUUUAUUUCAACCCUACUUGUAUUAUAGUUUGGAGAAUUAUGUAUCUUAUGUGCAAACUCAUGAUUGAAUCAUUGUAAUGCAUCAUGCUAAUGUAACUUCUUGGUUAUAUCAACUUAACACCUACGUUCUACUGUU